UACAGACGCCUUUUGGUUCGUUCUCGGCGCCAUGUUGGGGACGCUUGUUUUCUGACGAACAAAUCUAGCUGUGUAUCCACAUUUAAAAAGAGUUUCCGCAGUAACACUAUAGUUAAAGCUUGAUUAUUUCACUUUGUGACGUCUAAUGUAGACAAUCAAAAUGCUUGCGAGUUAUAUUUUAAAGCAGAACAGAACUGAUAAUAAUAAAGAAGAUGACAAUCCAGAAAUUGAUUCAGAAAAAGGAAGCCUUCCUGCAACACCAACAAAUGGAUCAUCUCCAUCACCAGGGAAACGCUUAGUAUCACUCCUCAACUAUAAAGGGAAAGGUUUGAAUCUAAAAAGCACUCAACCAAGUACAAGUACACCAAAACAAACACAGACAAAAAAGGAUGGUGAUAAAAGAACUUUCAUUGAAGGCCUUGACCUACAACAAAGCUCAGAGAAAGGCAAAAGAGUUAUGGCACCUAAAAGAAGAUAUAUCAAAAAGCCAAAGAUAACAGAUACAGAGAAGGCAAAGAAAAGUAGCACCACUAGCCAGAAUAGUCAUGAUUCUGAAAAUGAUGGCGAUGAUAAGGGAAGUAACUCAUCUGAUGUUGGCAAUUUUACCUCAGUUAUCUCCCUUGGUGAUGCUAUCACAUUGACUAGAUGUAAAGAUAAAGAAUGUGGUUGUAAUGCUGUCCACUGUCCAUUCUGUGUUCCUAGUCAUUAUAAGCCAUCCAAAACAACCAAGAUCAGAGAUCACCUGGAACUCAACCAUUUUGUUCAUGCAGUUCAGUAUGAAGAUAUGUUGAUAUUAAAGUGCUCUUUGAACUGUGGAUCAAGAACAGAUACACAUUACCAUUGUCCGUUAUGUAAAAAUGUAACUGUCCUAAAAAAGGGGGCAUUCUUCCGCCAUCUGUUUUCUCAUGCACGCAAGGCAGGUAAACCUCCAACGGUCAUUAGAAUCCCGGACACUAAAUAUCCAACAUCUAUAAUAGCCAGUGGAUAUGCUAUUCAGCUUUGUAAAAAGAAAUGUGGAAAUGAAGCUACUUCUCCUCACUUUCAUUGCCCGAUCUGUGAAAGUCUACACCCUGAUAGAAAAUCGUUGAUUUUCCAUUUAUGGAGAUGUGAGGAUUCCGCCCAGAAGGACGACACUAUCAGAUAUGGGCCAUCUGAUGAUGCAAUAGAGAAAGCCUAUAAAACUAAUAAAGAUUUAUUACCUGUCAGUGAAAAUACAGAAAUGAAGGGACAUGUUUCAAUAGUAAGAAGCCUUCAAGAUCUGCCUCUUGAUAAAUGUCAGGAUGACUCCUGCUGUAAAGGAAAAAGAAUACAUUGUGCUUUAUGUACAAUAGACAGGAUCAAACCAUGCUUCCUGAAGAAAAUUAAAAUCCAUAACCAUUCCCACUGGAGUAGGAGGAUUCCAUAUAAAGGAUAUUUUAUCUUGCCGUGUUACCUAGAUUGUCAGAUAAAGGAUAUAAAUAAAAGUAUCACAAGGAUCGUCCCACAUUUUCAUUGUCCAGUAUGUGGUGGCAAUCGUAGACGGAGAAACGCCUUUAUGCACCAUUUAGAAAUCUGUCAAGGAGAAGGAAUGCCUGUUGCAAAACUUCCUUUAAACAUACCAGUGGAUGAUGGUUCUUCCAAACUGAGUUUGAAGCUAGAAGAAGUGGAUGCUACAAUUGAUGAAGAAAUUGAAGAUUCGUUAUUUGUUGCUACAGAAGAUAUGGAUGAUAAUGAUGAUGGAAUGGAUGACUCUGAAACAAUAUCUCCUCAAAAAGAACCGAAAGAGGUGGAUCCAAAAGGUUUUAAGAUAUUCAGUAACAUUACAGCAGAGAUAUCUGAUGAGUUAUUGUCAGCUGUCAGGGCCAAGGGUCUUGAGGAUAAAGUGUUUGAAGAAGUGUCAGAGCUGACAAAUGUGUCAUACAUGGUUGCACCUGGAAUUGUCUCCCCUGUUCAUAGUUUUGUUGGAGAUAUGGAAGCCGUUACAAAUGCAAUGCUCAUGAUAAAAAAGAGACUAGGUAUGAAGGACAAUGAAAGAACAUGUACAAAAGCUGACAUGACAAUAGAAAAUGAGGAUGAAAGUUUUGGCCUCGAGGAUUCCAAUUUUGAUAAUGUCAUGGAAGAAUCUCCAAAAAGUGUAGGAAGUACUCGUGAAACAAGACAGGGAAAGAAAAGAAGGUUAGAAUUGAAUCAGUCAGAUCUACCCUUGGCUAAAAUGAUCAAAGAAGAACCCUUAGAUCCUGAUUUUAGUCCUGAAAAACCAACACUGCUAGACACCCUUGUCACUCCAGGUAGAAGAUACUCUACAAGAGGGGUGAGGGUUGACUUUGCUAAGUUAGCAGCCUCAGGGAAACGUGAAGUCUUGGGGGAAAAAGAUCAUCCAGGAAACGCAACACCAGCUGUUGGUGCUAAAUCAGCAGAUAAAAAUUCUACAGAGGAAGAGGAAAUUGUAUUAAUAAAUGAAAAGAACGAAAGAGUAAAUGUGAAACUGCCAAAAGGAAUAGCAGCAAAAAUCAAACAAAAAAUCGCAGCAGUAGAAUCAGUUCCGAAAACAAGGCUUCAAAUUCCAACGGAAGAUCCAGAGAUUUCUGAUACUGAAGAGUUUCUAACAGAUAAUCAUCAAGGGCCUAUGACUAGUCAGAAUGACGAUUUUAGGGACUCCAAAGGAAAUCCAGUCACAUCAGGUUGUCUGCAGUAUCAAGUACAAAAAUAUAAGCUAAGCACUAGUGCGUUCAUUCCAAAGAUUAACAUUGAUAUUAUAUCUAAUAGAAAAAACAACAGGAAAUGUUUCACAGCUCAAGAUAGAUUAUACCGGUGUUCAAAAUGUGAAUUUGUAUGUGAUACAUUUACAGAUUGUUCUGAACAUCUUUCCAGAGAACAUCCUUUAUCUGCUUAUAGGUGUGAUGUUUGUGAGAGACAUUUUGAUCAAGAGAGAUAUCUGAAAAUUCAUCUCGACUCCAAACAUGGUCCAUUUUUAGAAGCUGAGGAAUAUAAUUGUGAGUAUUGUGGAAAGGUUUAUCAGAAUAUGCACAUGUUACAAACUCACGUUGACACUAAACAUACAAAUCCAAAUCGUAAAAAGCAUGCUUGCAGACAUUGUGAGUAUGUAGGAGAGGAUCGUCCUGACCUGGAAAGCCACGUUAAAUCAAAUCACUUCAAAGAAGCAAAUGCUUGUCCAACAUGUGGCAAGUAUUUCAGAGGUCCUGUUUUUCUCAAACAGCAUAUUGAAAAUGUUCAUCAAAGAACAAAUGAAGUCAAAUGUUACAUCUGUGGCAGACUUUUUGCUAAUAGUAGAUAUCUUAAGUUACACAUGGAAGUCCACGUAGGUGAAAAGAAACAUGCAUGUUCAGUUUGUGGGCAAAGAUUUAGAAAGAGAGGAAAUAUGGUAUCACAUGAGCAAACUCACUUGAACAAAGAAGAUAGAACAUAUCGGUAUGUCUGCAACUUCUGUGGAUUGAAAGUAAAUAGCAGGGCGAAUCUCUUACAACAUUUGAACAAACACACAGGAGAUAAACCAUAUUUAUGCGACAUUUGCGGAAAGUCAUUUGCAUACACAGGCGCUGUUGCAAAACAUAAGGUGUUCUGCCACUCUUCAGAAUUUCCACACGAAUGUAGGCUUUGUGACAAGAAGUUUAAACUGGAAAGGCUGCUGAAAGAGCACAUGACCACACACACUGGAAUAGGGGAACACGAGUGUGAUGGAUGCAAGAAGGUAUUUACAACAAGUACAACUUUAAAAAAUCACAAGUUGAAAUGCAAAGGAUUGAGAGUUCAGUUGGGACCAGACAAAGUUGUUAUAUUUUCCUCUCCAUCAAAAAUAUCCAAUAUGAAUAGCUAUACGCUUUUGCCAGGUGGUAUGAAAAUAGAUCUUGAUAAAGUGAAUGAACAGAACCAUAUUCCAACUCAGACAGUCGUCAUGGAAUCUACAGUUUAUAAUCAACCAAUAGAAGAAAUGCCAUCUGAAGUUCACCAGCUUGAAGGUCAAGUAGAGGCUGAGUCACAUGACCAGGUUGAACCUGCAGCACAGGAAGCAUCUACAGAUGUGGCUGUUUACAUGUGUAGUGAAUGUAACGCAGCAUUUAGUGACUUCGCUCUGGCUGAACAACAUGUACUGAUGGGACACGACACUGCAGUACCAAAUCAACCAAUACCUGAUAACGUACAGACUGACAGUGUAACAGCUGAAGAUGCUGUUAACUUUAUCUUAUCUGGUUCUCAGUGAGCAAGUCAUGAACAAGGUUUACAGCUGUAUUUAAUGUUAAAGUUUGGCAAGGACAAAGUUUUUGUUGAUUUUAAAAACAUCUUGAACAAUACUGUUUAUUACUGUUAACUGUUUAAUGUAUAUUUUUACAAAGUUAUAUUCAUGCUUGUUUUGUUAUAUGUAUAAAUUUAAUU